CGCCGUUCGAUUGGCUGACGCUCUGAUGAGUCCACAACGUUCUAGCAUCGCUCUAUGGCGUCCACAACACUGAACGCAGCGUUCACAAGUCCCAUAGGCUACAGAAAAAGGCAUUUGAUAGUUGAAGGCCAUGUUUUGAGUUGUUUAUUAAAGCUCUGAAUAUGGAGAACACUGUGUACGAACAGUUCCAUCUCGUACGUCCUUCUCAUGGCGCAUAAUUCAUGGGUUCGCUGGGUCGUGAGGAAGAUUAAAGAGAAUCUUGAGGACCCCAGCUUGAUCGAUGCACAAACUGGAUAAUCAAACUGUACGGAAUUAGAGGAUGGCUGCAAUUGGGAACAGUUCAACAUCUGGAAUGGGUGACAUCAUCCAGCUGAAUGUCGGAGGAACGAGAUUUAGCACAUCAAGGCAGACUCUGACAUGGAUUCCUGACUCUUUCUUCUCAAGUUUACUUAGUGGAAGAAUAUCAACACUACGGGAUGAAACUGGAGCUAUAUUUAUUGACAGAGACCCAACAGCAUUUGCACCCAUUUUAAACUUUCUUCGAACGAAAGAAUUGGACUUGAGGGGGGUUAACAUAAGUAUCCUGCGACAUGAAGCCGAGUUCUAUGGUAUUACACCCUUAGUCCGACGCUUACUGCUUUGUGAAGAACUGGAACGAUCGUCAUGUGGAAGUGUGUUGUUUCAUGGCUACCUCCCUCCACCAGCUCUCCCAGCGCGGAGCAGUGCAGGAGGGCAGGGUGCAGCUGUUGCAGGUCCAGAGGAGCGUUCAGGCCCCAGUGGUGCAGAGGGGGGUUACCCUCGUUCUUGCCCUCAGUCUUCUCUCCCUGGACCAUCUGGGGCAGAUGGACCUCAAAGACUGGGAUCACCAGUGGACCCUAGGAAGGUGCUGAUUGUUGCUGGCCAUCAUAACUGGAUUGUAGCUGCUUAUGCACAUUUUGUCAUAUGCUACAGGAUAAAGGAAUCAUCCGGCUGGCAGCAGGUGUUUUCCAGCCCUUACCUGGACUGGGCCAUCGAGCGGGUGGCCCUCAAUGCAAAAGUUGUAGGCGGCCCACAUGGAGAUAAAGAUAAGAUGGUGGCAGCAUCAUCAGAGAGCAGCAUUAUAUUGUGGAGUAUCCAGGAUGGAGGGAGCGGAAAUGAAAUAGGUGUGUUUAGUCUUGGAGUACCAGUUGACUCUCUGUUCUUCAUUGGGAGUCAGCUGGUCGCCACCAGUCACACGGGGAAGGUAGGAGUGUGGAACGCUGUCACCCAGCACUGGCAGGUGCAGGAUGUGGUACCCAUCACGAGCUGUGACACUGCUGGCUCCUUCCUCUUGCUGGGCUGUAACAACGGCUCAAUUUACUAUAUUGACAUGCAGAAGUUUCCGCUGCGAAUGAAGGACAAUGACUUAUUGGUGACAGAGCUGUACCACGACCCAUCGAACGAUGCCAUCACGGCCCUCAGUGUCUACCUGACUCCUAAAACCAGUGUGAGUGGGAACUGGAUUGAGAUAGCUUAUGGAACCAGCUCAGGGGCCGUGCGUGUCAUCGUGCAGCAUCCAGAGACCGUUGGAUCUGGUCCACAGCUCUUCCAGACCUUCACUGUCCACCGCAGCCCUGUCACUAAGAUUAUGCUCUCUGAAAAGCACUUAGUUUCAGUGUGUGCUGACAAUAAUCACGUACGCACAUGGACGGUGACGCGCUUCAGAGGCAUGAUCUCCACUCAGCCAGGAUCUACUCCGCUGGCCUCCUUUAAGAUCAUCUCACUGGAGGAGACAGAGAGCCACAGCAGCUAUUCCUCCGGCAAUGACAUCGGCCCAUUUGGGGAAAGAGAUGACCAACAGGUGUUCAUUCAGAAAGUCAUUCCUAUUACCAACAAACUCUUUGUUCGCCUCUCCUCUACGGGAAAAAGGAUCUGUGAGGUGCAGGCUGUAGAUGGCACCACCAUCACGUGUUUUACAGUGCGAGAGUGUGAAGGCUCGAGUCGCAUGGGCUCCAGACCCCGCCGUUACCUCUUCACUGGCCAUGCAAACGGGAGCAUUCAGAUGUGGGACCUCAGCACCGCCAUGGACACGGUCAACAAGAGUGACGACAAAGCCAAGCGGGAACCAGAGGUGGGAGGUCCAACUGAGGAGGAGCUGCUGAAGCUGCUUGACCAAUGUGAUUUGAGCACAUCUCGCUGUGCCACGCCCAACAUCAGCCCCGCCACCUCCGUGCUGCAGCACAGCCGGCUGCGAGAGUCCUGCUCCAGCCUUCAGCUGCAGGCUCAGGAGCCCAUCCCUGAGACGGCCACCUAUGGAGCCUUGCGGCCAUACCGAGAAAGCCCCUUGCUGGCCCGUGCUCGACGCACAGAGAGCUUCCACAGCUACAGAGACUUCCACAGCUUAAACCUGACCAAGGCCCUGCUGGAGAACCACGGACAGUGUGGAUCCAUGGAGGACGAGAUGCAUCAGUCAGCGGGAGAGAACAACACUGAGGACCCCGACAAAAGGAACUCUACCAUGGAUUUCUGGGGGUCCAGAUCAUUCGAACCUCAGUCUGCAGCCACACGCAAACCCCCAGACAGCCCUGGAGACCAGCGGCGAAGGGCCCAUUUGAUGGAGGAAGGGGCUGCAGACUCUAGACCGGAUGGAGGCAGGAGGAGGGGGGCAUUUGAGGCUAAUUUUCUAAGCAGGAAAAAGGCCCCUCCGGUUCCACAGCUGAGCCCCCCACCGGCAGGAGCUGAUGGAGGGGGCAGCGACUCGUCAAGCACCGCCUCGCCCUCGCCAACUAAAGUGUCCACAUCUCCACGCCAUCGCAAGGCUCCUGAUGCAGCAUGUGAGUGAUGGUUUACACAGAUUUGUCAUACGCAGAGGACGUACCAAAUACAAUAAUCAAUGACAGGAAAAAGAAAGUAGAUGAAUGGAUGAUUUCAAAAGUGAAGUGUUUCAGAACGUGGACGUGAAGGUUUGGCAGGACGGCAGCUGGCAGCUAAAAAAAACUCACUCACUGUGGACAGAUUUAAAGGGAAAAUGCACAAUACAAAUGUACCUAAUCCUCUCUUUGCUGCUUUUUCCAGGCUUAAAAAUCAGAUACAUUUACUUUUGAUUCCUUGGAGAAAAUUAAUAAAGAGCGAGUAGAUUAAUUAUUAUUCAGUCAGACUUUAGCUUUGUUCACCUGCAUGUAAACAUUUUUUUUUUUCACAUUUACUCACCCUCAUGUCAUUUAAAACCCAUAGGACUUUCUUUUGUGGAUCAGCAAGGGAAAGGUUUAUCAGAAUGCCUUUGCUGCUCUCUUCCAUACAAUGAAAGUGCAUUUAAAACUUUAGAUUCAGAGCUCUGAGUAAUAGAAUUACACGUGUUACUAUUAAUGAUCUUUUCUUGCAUUUGCAUUUGCUUUCAUUGUAUUGAAAAGAUCAGUUUGGACACUCUGCUACUUUUGUGUUCCAUGAAAGAAAGAAAAAUCAUACAGGGAUUGAAAGACUUCAGAUUUUGGGUGGAUUAUUGGUUUGCUAUUCUCUUGUAAAUUAAGUUUUAAAAAAUGGAUUAGCAUGCUGAUGCUACUGGCUACUAACGGUACCUUCUAAACACUGUGAUGCACUUUAUUGUCUGUCUUUACAUUCAUCCCUUUAUAAUGAAAGGACUGAACUUCAGCUAAUGAUCAGGUUUGAAGGGCAGGUCAAUAGACUCCACUGCUGCCGUGAAGGCUGCAGGAAUCAGAAGCCGUUUCUUUUUUCAUUAAUCCUUUCAGAGGAUUUGUGCUCUCUGAACUUUCAGCAUGCAUCUGCAGGGGAUUUUUACUUGCUCUAUCCAUUUUUGGGAUUUAUUCAGUGCCUUUUGCUAAUUUGGAUAGAUACUGCUGUGAGAAAUCAAAACAGACUUAGCUUUUUUUCUCUCUUUCUGAUGUGAGAGUUAGUUGGAUUAUCACAUUAUGCAACUGAUUUAAGUGAUUUUACUGGCAGGAUAAGAGACUUAUCAAGAUGAGCGAUGAGAGAAAAGAAAAAAAGAAAAGAAGGUAUGAGGUGUGUUUUACAGACAGUGGCCAGAUUUAAAGGUGAUAUACAAUUAAAAAUAGAAUUUGUACUAACAGAUUAGCUUUGAAAUGCUUUUAAAAUGCUACAAUACAAAUUUCUAAUGUCUAAAUUGCCAUGUGAAUAAUGUCGUCAUAAAGUAUCAUUUUAUCAUUUGCAUUUUCACUUCUGUUAAGAAUAUAUUGUAAAGAAUUAUUUAUAUUUGACAUGAAGCUAAUUUUGCAUCGUCAACUGAUGAGCAUGGUCACUUUCUUUCCAGCAAUCCACUUUGUGUACAGGUUAUAUCCUGCCAGAGAAAAUGUACAGUAUAUAUCUAGCUAUCAAUGAUACAUAUCCAAUAUAGGCUAUUAAUGUACUUAUAUGUUGCUAAGUGAGAUUAUUAUUGUAAUUGUAACUAAAUGAAAGCCUUUAACAAAGUACUUUCACUUUAUAUAAAGGAAAUGAUGAGAUCUCAUUAAUGCUAUGCAAUCAGUGAUAGUGCUGACAGUAGGCUACAUAGCCUAAAACUUGAAAAUGAAUAGCAGAAGGUGCUUUUGACAACAGCAUGAAGCUAGGAACAUAACAUAAUACAAAUAAUUAGCCCCUGGAAAAUCGGUUUCAUUUCUCAAAAUUAUGUUGCUCAUAAAUCUAUAAAAUGCUUCUAAAUACAUAAUACAUCUACUAUACAUAUCUGUUGAGAGCAAGGUAAAAUAAAUGUAAUUGAACAUUGUACUUUAUGUCAUUUAUUUGCUCUCUGAGUUGGGGAAUAUUUAUUUGACAAGCAUAUGAUUCUUUAUGCUUGCUUUCAGAAAGACAGUCAUAACCUGAUUUGUGUUUUCAGUCUGGUUACUGUAUAAUUUUAUCUCCAGACAAGAGUUUUUAUUUGUGUUUUAUCUAACAAGACUGGCUUACCUGCUGCACAGAUCAUGACAUGACUACAAGAGGAAAGUUUAUGCUACAUGAAAUAUGUAAAAAAGAAAAUGGUACAUGCACUACAGAUCGGUACUCAGCUUCUGUACAUUUCAGGUGGCACAAUAAAGUAACCAAACAAAGCAGCGUCUCAGAAUCUUUGAUAUUUUUUUAAUAAGCAUGGUAACAUCAACAUUACAAACAACUUUCUUUUACAUUUCACAGAUCUCUAUAACAACGAUUAUCCAUAUAUGAGCGUACGAGUCACCAUAACCACAAAAAUCAGAUUAAUCUUAGAGUGAGCUCUGUUUUAUAAAAAAAUUGAAAUAAAUUAUUGCAACAAUAAAUAAUACUUACACUCCUAAAAAAGUUCAUGUAAAAAUGUGUUUUUUUUUUAGGAUAGUGCUGUUUCAUUUUUGCUAAUAUCUAUGUGAAAUAAUAAGAACGCAUGUAUAAUUAAAUAUAUUCACACUUUACAGGUUUAAAACAACCUCUGAUAAUAAAAACACAUUCACAUGUAACAAUGAUGACGAUUUUUGGAGUAUAACAUUUAAGACACUUGAUCCAUUGGCAUCAUCACAAAUGUGUUCACACUAUUUCUCAGUCUAAUAGGCACAACACCACAUUAGCUAACAUUUCCAUUAAUACAGGACACAUCUACCGGAUUGACUAUCUUCCUCAUUCAUGUGUCUGUAGGGACAGAAGAGAUAAACUUCCUCUCUAUGUUGGCAUGAAUAAUUUGGAGACUCAGUUCAUUAAUACUUUAUGAUUGCGGUAAUAUUUCAUAGCUACGCAGCCAGUCAUAAGACUCCAUUUAAAGCUAUAAUAAUACAGUGCUAUUUUCAGAACAGACUGAUACCUCUCUGCAUCAGUGCUAAGCACAUAUUACAGCAAAAGAUGUCUGAUAAUAAAGUACAAGUAUGAAAUCAGAAAACAAAAUUCAAAAGAAGUAUAUUCUGUUUAUCCUGUCUUUUAUAUAUACUGUAUA